UUAGGUCUUCCAGUUGACAGGGAACUUUUUCGUGUUAAAAGAAAACGAGAAACGGAACGUGAAAUUGAUGAGGAUUUUGUUCAUAAAGUUCGAAGAUCACAGGAUGAGAGAGAAACUGAGAUGAGACACAAACGACGUUUUUUCGCCCCAGAGACAACGGAACACAAAACGAAAGUUUUCGCAACAAAAAUGGAAGCAAGAUCUUCUCGUUCUUCCCGUGAGGAUAAUGACAUCACAGCAAGGCGGCCCGAGACGUUUCGAAUUCGCAAGAGAAGCCCGGAUGAAGAUGAAAGCUCCUCGGUUACUGGGGAAACUUCCGGUGUCGCUGAACAACCAGGGCAAAAAUACACCACAUCCGGAUCUGGAUUAUGGAGAUAUAUUACAAAUAAACAUGCACCACUAAUAAAGCCGUUUAAACAAACCGAAAAACGAAGUAUGAGUACAAAUUCACUAGGAAGUCUCUUAUCUGCUCUGAAAGCGAUCAGUUCUCUUACUCCAGAUGAACAGGAUACUUCCGGUCAGGAAGUUGGCUCUUCCGGUUCUGGGUUUUGGCCUUCACCGGAAAAGGAAGUAGAUGAUGAUAAAUUGCCGAAGUUUUUUGAGGAGGAGAAGAGUUCAGGGAGUGGAGACAACCCCGAAGAGGCUCUGAGUAUGAUAAACGAAGCGGCAGAAAGGGAACUGAACAGUAAGGUGGAGGAUUCAAGCAUCGAGGACAUGCAACAUGAAACUGGCGAGAAACUAUUCAGAAGAGAACUACAAAGAGAUUCGCUAGAAGAUGAUUUAAUGGCAGCUGUUGAGAACAUGAAGGAAAUUCAUGAUUCUGACCAAGAUGACGGAUCUAGUGGAUCCUUAGGGUCCACAAUGCACGCUGAUGAGGACGAAGGUACUGGGGAAGGAGAAGAAAGUGAAAUAUCGGGUCAAACGGAAAAAGACCAUUUUGGAGGAAGACCGGACGUUGAAACUAGACCGGAAGUGAAGUCUCAACCGCAAGCCAAGUCUAUAAGGUCAAUAACUGAUGUGAUAUUCCCGGAUUCAUUUUAUCGCACGAGGAGAUCCUCUGAAGAAAACUCUUUUCUAGUUUCCGAGAAUAACCUAGGAGAUAACGACGCAUUAAAAAGCGACAGUCUUGUGGCGCGGUUUUACCGCGACCAGGACGCACACACGGACGAACCGGAAACCAUUGAUCUUUCCGCGGCAUCCCUUUCUAGCGAGACCAAAAAACAAGCCAAACCAGUAAAGCGAGAAACCUACUACCAACAUUCAGGAGACUAUUCGGAGCCACGUGUGGUGUAUACGCGUGAGUUAAGGAACGCUCCUGAGGCCAUCAUAGAGCGACCAGCGAUUUACUCGCAUAACUACGAUGAACGUGAAAUGGAUUCGAGCUUUGGGGGCGAUGAUGACGAUGACGAGGCAACUUUGACGAUUCAUGAAAGAGAGAUCAGAGAAGAUGGUAGGUGAAUUAAAACAUUUCGUAAUGAUUUUACUGUUCCUCAACUCCUAAGUCAAGAGAAACAAAUGUAAACGCAACAAAUUUUUUUUUAUAAGGCAAGGUUUGUUUAUAUGUUUUUAUAUACCUAAAAACUACAAUGUACAUGUACCUUUAAGGCAGAAGUGCAGUUUCAAAAUUCCUCAAAAAAAAAAACACAGUUAAUAUAGCCUAGCACUAUUAGAACAACUCAGCUUCACUGGAUAACCAAGGUUUAUUAGUCUGUUUCCUGGUGUACUAGCCUCACGGCUUUUUGCGGACCAGUUUGCUGGCCAUCCCAAAGCCAAUACCGUACAGACAAUGACUUGCCAUUACAGCUAAAUGCUUUCAUUUUCCUGUCAAUUAGGAUAUGUUGGUUGCUUUGAAGAUAAGUCUCCAGACCGAGACCUUCCCACGGUGCUCUCAGUUCCCCACCUUACCCCUGACUCGUGCCGCAGCGCGUGUCAAGGCGCUGGUCACGCUUAUGCCGGAGUGCAGUAUGGAUAUUUGUGUCGGUGUGGUAAUUCUUAUGGAAAGUAUACCAAGGUCCCGGAUGAGGAAUGUAAUGCUUUGUGUUCGGGAGACAAGGCACAAAAAUGCGGUGGAUUUUGGAGAAGUGCUAUUUUCACCACUGGUAGGUCAUACAAUCCUUUCAGACAUUUAAUUAGCUAUACUAGUAAUAACCUGAGGUUAGUAAGUGCGGCCAACAACGAUCAAAGGUUAAAACGCUUUUUCUCCAAGGCUGUGCUUUGCGUAUGUUUCACGUGAUAGAAGGUCAAACCAAGCGUGAUCAGAUUACGAGUGAGGGAAGGUCCAAAAACGCGCGUGAUCAGAUUGCGUUCUUUACAUUCCAAUCAAUCCUAGUCGAAGUCGAAACGAAGCUGCAAUAUGGCUACAUACGUGCUGUGCAAGCGUAAUUGCAAACUGUAGACUAGUAAUAACCAAAGGUUAGGGGGUGCGGGCAACAACGAUCGAGGCUGCAAACGCUUUUACUUUAUCGCUGUGCUUUGCGUACGUUUCACGUGACAGAUGGUCAAAACACGCGUGAUCAGAUCACGACUAGUAGAAGGUCGAGACGCUAGUGACCAAAUUGCGUUCUGUGAAUUCCAUUCAUUCUUAGUGGAAGUCCAAACGAAUGCUGGCUACAUACAUGCGACGCAUGCUUAAUAACAACCUAGAGAUUAGGAUGGCGGACCCCUCUAGUCGCUCGUAAUUAGGAUUGCGGCCCCCCUUGUCGUCCACUAAAACAAUGUAAGAUGCAUCGGCUCCCGACUAACUACACCUGCCCAAAAAUUUCUCAUUUUUGUCUCCAUCUUUUGUUUCUUAAACAGCCGGUGCAAUGCAACCUUCAAAGCGGGGAAACUUCUUCCAUAUUGACAGCGUUGAGCCUAUAACCGAAGGUACAGAAAUUUCUAUUAUUCUUUCCCUCGUCUAGCAAGCCUAUAGCAUAAAAAUGCCAUACUUACACUAGAUUGUAUACAUGACAUAAUAUACACGUUAGUACUGAAAGGCAAUUUAUAAAUACAUGCAAAAAGUCGCUUUCUUUGAGAACAGUGCUUCUGCAAUCACUAAUAAAGGCGACUCAGCAAAAAAAAACGACAACAACAACGUCCGAGUACAGGGCAGCACAGAAAAAUGGCGUUUUUGCACUCCAAUUUGUGAAGAAAACAUGAAAAGAAUAGUUGUUAGACACAAAAGUUACGAAUAUUUGGGCCUUCUGUUAAUUACGAUCGUUUCCAACUUGUUAUUAUGCAUCUGGCGACGGUAUCGUCAUUUUCACAGCGAACCAAUUUUUGGUUCGAGACUUUCAUUCCCCAUGGCUACUGCACACGAAAUAAGGUAUUGCGAAAAGGUGGUAUCCCGAGUGCCGGAUUACCGCUAACAUUUAUUCCCCUGGAUUUUUUUUCUCUUUAUUGUUCAGAUAUCUUCGAAACGCCUCGCAGUGAGAUCUCCUCAGGUGACGAUCAUUCCGGGGAGACAUCCAUAACAGUGAAAGCCUCCGACGAACCAGCGCGCAAUGAGGCAAUUAGCCAAUCAGAAGCAUCCGGAGCUUCUACGCUGGAGAUACACCGUGACACGUCCUUUCAGGAGUCCCCGUUGACUUCAGUCUCUGGGAUAAGCGUGGAAGAAGCCCCGAUGACAUUACAUCCUGAGCAGUAUGCCCUUAAGGACGACACAGUAGCACAGGUGCUAUCUGCUGAAAUUACCAAAGACGACGAGACGGCUGCUAAGCGUGCAGACACUGGCACUAUUCAUCAACAAGUAAUUGGGCACUUAGACUCGACCAAUAAGGAGACACCAGAAAAGCACGAUAACCAGCCCAACCAAACGCCUCAGGGUACCCAUGCGAGUCAGUUCAUGUAUUUGCAUCAGCAACGACACAUCGCGUCCACACCAACUUCAAAAGGCCAUAUCGCAGUACAGCCUACAAAAGUGGACGCUGGUAGUAAGUCUCCAAAGACAUGUAUUUAUCACGUUUCUGAAUUAAUUUCUGUCUUUUCGAUCUGGUUUCAAACCCUUGUGGCAUUUUGCUGAAAUCAAUAUCACGGGAAGCAGAGCGAACGAAACUUAUAAUUAUGAUGAAGAAAUGCUAAAGGACUAAAAAAAACCUUACUAUUCGGGCUAGAAUCGGUAUUUUUGGACCACUUUCAAUCAUUUGGAUUAAUAAGAGAUAAAAAUUAUUGAACUUUGCAUAGCUCACCAAUAGUGCUUGGAAAUUGUCAAUAAGACUGACGUCAGAGUAUAAUGAUAAGCGAAUCACAGUAAAUCUUAACAUUUUUGCAGUCAAUGUCGUCUCAUGUAAUCUAAAUCUUAAUUUCUUCUUGCUAUUUCUCUGGUUUAGCUGUAAUGUAUGCAGGAACAAUUAAACUGAAACAGAGCUGGCUGGAUCAGUUCGAGGACGCAAAUAGCGCGGACUCCAAAAUUUUGUCAGGAAAUAUUGUGCAAGCGGUAAGUGUUUAUGAACCCAUGCAACGGGAUUAUUACCUGUAAGACAGAAUACAAGAAUCCGGGAGGUUUUUGCUUGCGGAAUUCGAGAAAUUUGGAAUCAGAGGAAUGUUUUCCUUUUGGAAACCGGAAUCCUGAGUUUCAAGAAAUACGGAUCCCACUAACGAACGGAAUCCAGAAUCCAAGUUCCGCGGACAAAGAUUCCGGUAUCCAUUACCUGGAAUCCGGAAUCCAUGGCGUGGAAUCCAGAAUCCAAGACUGUCCAACAUUUCCUUACAUGGAACGAGGAGAUGCUUAAUCAACCUCUUGUCAUCCCCACGUAUGGAAAAGAAGGGGGGAAGGUGGAAAAUUACGCAACAAUGCUUCGCAUAAUUUUAUCGAAAAUAUUUCGCAAUAGAAAAAAAGGGUUAAAGGGAGGAAACAAAGAAAUUCCACACUGAUGGGGUGUCACUAGCAGACCUGGGUAGUAGUUCCGAUUGGUCGAACCGAUAGGGAAAUUUGCUUCAACUAAUCAGAAGCACAACUUAGAUCUGGAAAGUGACGUCAUCAGUAUGGAAUUUCUGCGAUCGUUCCUCAGACGUUAAUUCUUGGGGAAACCAGUGGUCGUCUAGCGAAAUGUGCACUCUCUUCUUUGGCUAGUUACCCGUCUAAAACGAACAUUAUCUAUGGUCCACUCGUGGUUCGACUGUACGCGGCGUAUGUCUUACUACUGACACACACUGCUGCUUUGACUAAAAAUCAAAGCAAGGUCCGAGCUUGAUUGUACCUUUCCACCCCUUUUUUUCGAGUUCACGAGCAAAAUCGCCAAACCAUCGCAAAAACUUCCAACUUUAUUAACUAUACUAUUGUAUCUGCAAUGUUGUUUUAAAUUGAAUUUGUUCUUAUUUCGCAGUUUAAACGAAUAUUCAAAAACGAGCCGAAGUUUGUUAACGCUGAAGUUGUGGGGCUCAGGUAACAACCAUUAAGAAUUAUUUACUUAUUUUGAUCAAGAUGGUGAUGAUGACGAAGGUGAUGACGAUGACGAUGAUGUUGAUGACUUUUAAGGCUCCAACCAAAAAGCCCCAUUUAAACCUUACAAAAAAAAAAAAAAUACUAGCAAUCCUCUUUGGCAAGGGAUGGUAGGCUUGACUUCCUUCCCAUGGCUAUCAAUGCUGAUAUUUUACAAGCAUAAGCAACAGACUCUCGACUUCUCGCGUUUCUUAGAAUAUCCGCGCGAAUGCCAACCGAAGCAACUGAGACGAGUCUAAGAUAAUUAAUUUUAGUACUGCCAAGCAUAUGCAAGUCGAUUCUCCACGCGGUCUGUCCUAGCAAUAUUUUGCGACCGCACGGCAGAGGCAGACCUUCCUCCCGCGCGUGUGCCCCUCCAAACCGUUCCCAGGUCCCACCCCCCCCCCCCUCCCCCCCCCCCCACACACACACACACCCAACCCAUCCCGGAAAGGAACGAUGACGACUCUAAGUAAAUUACAUAACUAUUACUGUUUUCUUUUCUAAGAGAGGGGCUGGUGAAACAUAAUCCCAACACGAUACGAAAAGUGAUCGCUCCUUUCGUCUUGACAUUUAAACAUGGCGCCAAGGGUGUAGAGGAGAAAUUAAAAAGUAUGGUAAAGAAGACGGAAAGACUUGAUGACAUGCCUGUUUACAAGAGUUCGCUUCAGAUAUCAGGUAAGUGAAGGAUGAGCGUUAUUCAUAUAAAACACAGUUUGAAUUUCUCGAGUUUCUUUUCUCGGGUACAGAAGUAUUAAAAAUUUUGACUGGCAGGUUUAACAUCUGUUCAAUAAUAAGGCGUUUUUUGGCCGGCGUUUAUGUUACGUUUCUUGCACUGAACAGGAGAAAGUGGUUAGAUAAGAACUCUCACGGGACUGAAUUUGAACCUCAUGCUCGCCUCAUGGAGAAAAAAAAAAAGAAAAAAAAAUACUUGAUGUUUAAUAGAUUUUCAUUCUCGGCGGAUAUCCUGCAUUCGACUUUGGGUCCAUUGUGCCAUUUUACGUCGAUCACAGAUAAAAGUGAGAAGAAACGAAUGAAAAAAAAAAAAAAUCUUGAAGAAGGGUGGGUCUAAAGAAAUCUAAAUCUAAGUCGCCUUACCCUUGGGAUAGUAUAUAUAUUGAACUUACGCGAAACAGGACGGGAAAGGAAGAGAGAAGAAAAAAAGCCUUUAGUGACAAUAAUUAAGUUAAUUUGAGGAAAUUGUCCGCCAGUCUUUACCUUAACAGGCAUUUUUAUGAAAAACCACAACACAAUAAUGUUAAGGAAGAUCGCGAAGAAACACAUGUAACUGCCCUAUCACGUUUGUUACACACAGCGGUAUUGCCACCCUAUUCUUUCUGCCUUCCUGUUGAGUAACCUCACUACCUAAUAGUGGGGUCGGCGCGCCUUAGGAAGCAAAGCAAGUGCAAACGCAAACGCAACGAAAACCCGGGAAAUGCUGGCAAAACAUCGAAGACUUUUUCAGUGCUGUAUGAUCACCUGUGAUUAAAAUACUGACUUGAAGCAUAAGUCAAUUUAAAUUGAAAAUCCUUAUUUGCUAUGCAGCGUAUAGCCAUUCAACAGCUCCAACAGCAAGUAAAGAAACUGCCGAAGACUCCGUCAACAAUAAACGGAAAAACGAAGAAGAAAAGAGAGAUGCAGUAAAUAUUCCAAGUAAGUAUGUUUUGAACAACUAGCGUAAUAAAAGUAAUUUUUUUGUAUUACUGCCCUAUUUUAGGGCCUGUUUAAAUGAAGGUGGGGGACCCCAGAUAGGUAAGGUAACCCCCUUAGGUGGGGUACAAAAAUAACCCUCCUUUAAAUGUAAUCUUACAACCCCCCCCCCCCCCCCCCCCCCCCCCCCCCCCCCCCCCUCCCCUCUCCUACACAACCCUAAACAAAAAAAAAAAGAAAAAGACAAACCCAAACAACUCGCAAAACAACACACCCUUCUCGCGUGUCGCAUCUGCAGAAAACAAAUAAAAAUUCAAGUUAGUAUGUUUUGAAAAAUUAGGGGAAAAAAAGUUAUUUUUUUGGAUUACUGCCCUAUUUUAGGGCCUGUUUAAAUGAAGGUGGGGGACCCCAGGUAGGUAAGGGAACCCCCUUAGGGGGGGUAAAAAAAUAACCCUCCUUUAAAUGUAAUCUUACAACCCCCCCCCCCCCACCCCCCUCAUCCCGGGGUGCACUUUCUCAAGAUUACUAAGUACGUAAACAAGAAAAAUGCUGGCAAACCACGUUUUUUGGUGACUGACGCUCUUCUACACUCGCUUGCUGCUUUUGCUGCAACCUCCAGUGUUGUGGCUUUCUAUUGUUACUUUAUAUAAUGAUGCAAAGCUACCGGCAAAGUGAAUUUUGCGCGAAUUCAGUAUUGCCAAUGCGACCCCGGCUAGGCGGGUUACCCCACAUUGAAACGUUUACAUGGCAAAAUUUGACCCCGGUUGAGAGGGUCACCCGGUCUGGCAGACCGGGCUAGCCGCCUUAGCGGGUCACCCCACCUAUCAUGUAAACGUGAUCAAUUAAAAUGAGAGAUUAUAUGGACAGGCGGGUUACCCCACCUACCUGGGGUCCCCUACCUCCAUUUAAACAGGCCCUUACAUGUAAAAGGGUGCUGUAAAUUAAAAGGGAAUAUCUAGCUAGAGAAGGGAUAUGUUAAAUGCAAAUGAGCAAUUCAGUAAUCCAUUGAAUCAAUCACACUUCAGUUAACACCGCGAACGUUCGUCCUUCUUUCCUCAGAGCACGCGCGGCGAGCGUAAAAUAAGAGACUGCUCGCGAUCAAUUACACUUAAAAAGAGCGGGCGAACACCAGUGAGGGUGUGUUAAACUGGGGAACACAGGUGCAUAGACAGCCUCAAUACGAUUUAUAGAUAUAGAGUACGGAGUAAACAGUGCACGGCAAAAAAGUGCCUUAGAUAAAGCCUGCGAAAACAGUUAUAUAAUUAUGUUCUCAUUCGCUUUCACAUUUCUACGAAGGCCAGAAAUCAGGUCAUAUCCACCGUCUGAAAAAUGAUCAUACAAUAACUCACUAGAGCAAACAUACAUACGAUGGCCGCGUGCUGUUGCAUAUCAACUAACCAGAAAAAAAAAAGAAGUAAACUUAUCCUCGGUCUGACUCAAACCUUUGUUUUUUUUUUUGUUUUUUUUUGUUUUUUUUCAGACGGUGGCGUUGAUCCUUUUCUUAAGAAGAUCUUUAAUCAGAUUUCUACCUAA